UCCCCUUUAGGCGCGGGGCCCGCGGGUCUCCACCCUUCCUCCCGCUGAAGAUGGCUGAGAAGCUGGCUCCCCCGGGGGAGCUCUUCUUGCGCAAGGGCCGGGAGUCCGUCUCCUCCCUGGAUCUGGACCGCCUGACGCCAGGCGAGGCAGCCGGAGAAGAGUCCUCGGACAGCGAAGGGGAGCAGGAGGGCAGCUCCCAUAAGCUCAUCCGCAAAGUGUCCACCUCUGGCCAGAUGAGGACCAAGAAGAGCGUGAAGGAGGGCCUCCUCUUGAAGCAGACAAGUUCCUUCCAGAGGUGGAAGAGGCGAUACUUCAAACUACGAGGGCGGACCCUCUACUACGCCAAGGAUUCUAAGUCUCUGAUCUUUGAUGAAGUGGACCUGUCAGAUGCCAGUGUAGCAGAAACCAGCACCAAGAAUAUUAACAACAGCUUCACAGUUAUUACACCAUUCCGAAAACUCAUCCUCUGUGCAGAGAAUCGGAAGGAGAUGGAAGACUGGAUUGGUGCCCUGAAGUCUGUCCAAAAAUGGGAAAUCAAUGAGGCUUCCCAGUUCAAUAUGGAGCACUUUUCUGGCCUGCACAACUGGUAUGCCUGCUCCCAUGCCCGGCCCACCUUUUGCAACGUCUGCCGGGAGGCACUGUCUGGGGUCACCUCUCAUGGUCUCUCUUGCGAAGUUUGCAAGUUCAAAGCCCACAAACGCUGUGCUGUGAGAGCUACCAACAACUGCAAAUGGACCACUCUGGCCUCCAUAGGAAAUGACAUCAUUGAGGAUGAAGAUGGGGUGGCCAUGCCUCACCAAUGGCUGGAAGGGAACCUCCCUGUCAGUGCCCGCUGUGCCGUUUGUGACAAAACGUGUGGGAGUGUGCGGAGGCUGCAGGACUGGCGCUGUCUCUGGUGCAAAGCAAUCGUCCACAGUGCAUGCAAGGAGCAGCUGGGGAAGAAGUGCCCCUUGGGGCAGUACAAGGUGUCCAUCAUCCCCCCUACCGCCCUCAACAGCAUUGACUCAGAUGGGUUCUGGAAGGCCACCUGCCCCUCCUCCUGUUCCAGCCCCCUGCUGGCCUUUGUCAACUCUAAGAGUGGGGACAACCAGGGAGUCAAAUUCCUGCGCAAGUUCAAGCAGUUCCUCAACCCGGCCCAAGUCUUUGACCUUAUGAAUGGGGGGCCACACCUGGGGUUGCGCCUCUUUCAGAAGUUCUCCACUUUUCGGAUCUUGGUGUGUGGUGGUGAUGGCAGUGUGGGCUGGGUGCUGUCGGAAAUCGACUCACUAGGAUUGCACAAGCAGUGCCAGCUUGGCGUCCUGCCACUGGGGACUGGCAACGACCUGGCUCGGGUGCUUGGCUGGGGCAGCCUCUGUGAUGAUGACACACAGCUGAUGCAGGUUCUGGAGAAGCUGGAGCGAGCCACCACCAAAAUGCUGGACAGGUGGAGUGUCCUGACCUAUGAGGCCCCCAAGCAGUCUCCUCCAGCCAUCAAAGAAGAAGAGAAUGAGGAUUCCAACAUCCAGGCUCAGAUUUCCCACUAUGCUGACUCAGUGGCCUUCCAUCUGGCAAAGAUCCUGGAGUCCGACAAACACUCAGUAGUGAUUUCUUCAGCAAAGUUCCUCUGCGGGACGGUGAAUGACUUUGUGGCUGAAGUUGGCAGAGCCUAUGAGCGGGCAGCUGACAGCAAGCAGGAAGCAGACACCAUGGCUCGAAAGUGUGCAAUGCUGAAUGAAAAGCUAGACUCCCUGGUUCGGGAGUUGAAUGACGAAUCGCGGGCAAUUGUGGUUCCUGAAGGCACCUCACCAGCAGCCUUGCCCAGCCCAGAAACCCCAGACAGCAGCAAGGAAGGGGCAUUCCGUCCCAACCCCAUGCCUCGGAUUUUUAAGUCCAAGGAGCAGCUCAUGCUGAGGGCCAACAGCCUGAAGAAAGCCCUACGACAGAUCAUUGAGCAGGCCGAGAAAGCUGUGGAUGAGCAGAACAAGCAGACCCAGACCUACAGGAGCAUCACAGUUGCUGGCAAGAAGGACAGCAAUGAGGAUUUCAGCAAGGAGACAGAGAAGCUUAAAUCCCGUCGGGACACUGUCAUCAGCACCACUUCCUCUAUCAUCCUGGACAGACCUGACAGUUUCAGUUCAGUCCACUUUGUUGAGGACCCGAAUGCCAUACAAUUCUCUGAAAGAUGCGUCAUGAAUAAUUAUUUUGGCAUUGGCCUGGAUGCGAAGAUCUCUCUGGAAUUCAACAACAAAAGGGAUGAGCAUCCCAAAAAAUGCAGUAGCCGCACAAAGAACAUGAUGUGGUAUGGAGUUCUGGGAACGAAGGAGCUGCUCCAGAGGACCUACAAGAACCUGGAGCAGCGUGUCCAGCUCGAGUGUGAUGGAGUGCCCAUUUCCUUGCCCAGCUUGCAGGGCAUUGCCGUGCUCAACAUUCCUAGUUAUGCAGGAGGCAUCAACUUCUGGGGAGGCACCAAAGAGGAUAAUAACUUUGGAGCUCCCUCCUUUGAUGACAAGAAGCUGGAAGUGGUUGCUGUCUUCGGCAGCAUCCAGAUGGCGGUGUCACGGGUCAUCAACCUUCAGCAUCAUCGUAUUGCACAGUGCCGGAUGGUAAAGAUCAUAAUUCGAGGAGACGAGGGCGUCCCAGUGCAGGUGGAUGGUGAAGCAUGGAUCCAGCCACCUGGCAUGAUCAAAAUCCAGCACAAGAACAGAGCUCAGAUGCUGACCAGAGACAGGGCUUUCGAGAGCACCUUGAAAUCAUGGGAGGACAAGCAGAAGGGCGAGGGCUACCGAUCCACAUCCCGCCCCCGCCUCAGUUCCCAGCAGUCCAUGGAGUAUUUGACAGAGGAGGAGCUCGCCCAGAUGCAGCAGCUUGCCCAAGCAACGGAAACACUCAUUAGCAGGAUCCGUGAGGCUGCCAAGACACGCAAAGCCAUAGAGCAGGAGUUGGCACAUGCGGUGAAUGGCAGCUCCCUGGCACUGAGCGAGACCUUGCCCAACAAAGGUGGCAGCAGCAGCCCUGAGGUUCUGAGCAGAAGCACAGCUGUGGAAGUGUCAGUGAGCGUGAAAGCCCUCUACACUGAAACCCGAGCUUUUCUGGAAGGGAAACUGCAAUUAGACUCUCCCCAGCAAGAAGAAGGACUCCGGCAUGCCCUGAGUGCCGUCGGCCAAGAACUUCAGAAGCUUUCUGAUAUUCACUGGAUGGCACCAGUCAUCAACUCUGCUGAGGAGGAGUCUUCUGGUAGCGUCAACAAGGGGAGCCUGAAAUUACGCAUCAACCUUGCUAAGCCCAAACGGGAGAAGGAGAAGCCUCAGAAGCAGAAACCCAGCAGCCUCACACCAGUGGACAAAUGGGGCCCUGAGGAAGUGUCAACCUGGCUGGAGGCGCUUGAUUUAGGGGAGUACAAAGAAAUUUUUAUGCGCCACGACAUCCAGGGCCCUGAGCUGAUCCUGCUGGAGAGAAGAGACUUGAAGGAUCUUGGGAUAACAAAAGUGGGCCAUGUGAAGAGGAUUCUCCAGGGAAUUAAGGACACUGCCAGCCAGCUUUAGAUGUCAGCAGGAAGCUGCAGCCAUGCCCUCUCACCCCCCUCUGUCUCAACUGCUGCCAGUCUUGGCUUGUGGAACCCAUCGCGUACGAUGAAGCACCCAGCCUGAGCCUGGUUGCCCUGGAACUCUGACCCCAGGACAGCUUCCCAUGCAUCCCAUGCAAUGAGUUGACAUUUCUGUGUUUGCCAAAGACUGUGGCUUGGCUGUUUGUCUCUCCUUGCCUUCUGCUUCCUCCCUUCCCUUGUGGCACUUCUUGUGUCUUUUUUGGUUCAUGUGUUUGAGCUGCUUUAAGUGAAGCCAUUCAUUUCCAUCCAUUCCUGGUCCUUGGUUGGGGGUGGGAGUGAAGCUCCUGCAGCCGCUUUUGGGCUCACUACAUUGGAUUGCUUUCAUGCCUGGCUGUGCUGUGAAACACUAUCAGAUGACAAGAAGCCAGCUGGGGAGGCUACAAGUAGCUGAGCUGGGUAGUUAUGGCCCAGAAGACACACUAACUAGAGGUCUUCUGACUUCUCUGGUGAGCCUUGUCCUUAGCUUGUACCUGGACAGAGCUGCAGAAGGGUCUGUGCCGGCUCACACUGCAUAUCCAAUAAAACCCAAAGCAGCAGCAGGCUGUGGCUGCUUUCCUUUUAGGAGGGAAAAAUCUCUUCCUCUGAAGGUUUUCAGGAUACUUAACAACUCUCUGUCAGGCAGGAAUGUCACAGGUCCCUGCUACUGAACGUCUGGCUGCCCUGCAUCUGUUCAGAGAGUUGUUAUUUCUCUCAUUUCCUAGAGUGCUCUCAUCCCAGAACUAGCACUUUCAAGGUCUGCAGAUGCCUCCCUUACCCCACCCUGCUUGUGUUCCCCCCUUCCAUUUAGUUAGUUGGGCAUGAAGCCUCUCUGUCCACCUGAGUAAAAGAUGGUUUACAAGGGGGAUGACCCACCAUGAUGAUAGAAACAGUAACUUGCUGUGUGGGUGGGUGUGAAGUAGGAAAGGUGCCAGUUGUAAGCUUUUGAGUUUUAAAGCCAGCUGCAACAGCCAGAAAUGUUCUGUGCUAUACAGAAGCUUCCACAGAUCAAUGGAGGUGGGGGGGGGCAUUAAAAAUUUCUUCCCUGCUAUCAGGGUAACUUAGAACUUGGAACAGGAGCAAGGGUGCUCUCAGCUUUCUGAAGUCUUAAGCAUGAAAAUACAAAUAAGAACACAUUUUGAAUGGGCUUUGUGCCCUACCAGGAGAAGGCACUACCCUUAGCACCAUGUCCCCUGCCCCAGCCUAUGCCCACCUGCAUGGCUCCUAAACUCCCUGGAGGAGAAGAGGCAGAGAAGCUCUGCUUCUUCCUAAGCUGGUAAAAUGAACUAAUUACCCUGCCUGCUGCUCGGGGAGAAUGUAACUAGUUUGGAGAGAAAAAGAUAUUUAUUUAAAUAUUUAAUAUAUAUAAAGCUUAAUUUAUUUUUCA